UAUACAUAUUUAUAUAAUUAAAAAAUUUAUAACAACCUCAACCCUCGACUCGGCCGUUGGUAUCAAUGGCAGUAGCUGCUUGUUGUUAUCAUAAAAGAUGUCCAAAUUAAAAUAAAAAAAAAAAAUCCAAAUGGCCAAUACAGAUCACAGGGUUGAUGUCAAAUAUCGAUCAAAAUCUUACCUCCUCAGUUUUCUUUCUUCCUCACAGCGCGAUACGAUCGAAGAAAUCCUACGACCGCUGCCAUGGCUUCCAACGUCGUCGUUUCGUGGUACUCCAUAUUUCUACUGAUAUUUACCUGUUCUUCUGCAAUCUCCGGCGCCGCCUCUAACGAGACCAUGUUUCCGAUGGCAUGUAAUUCGAACAUCAAGAAGCUGUGCGACGCGUCGUUAUAUCACGUCACGAGUGGCCUUCAGGCGGAGCGCGAAAUCGCCGCCGCGUACACCGUAAAUCCGUCGCAGAUGAAGCCGAUUAAUCGCGGCGGGGUUCAAGAUUACCUAAUCACGCAAAUAUGCUCUGUUUCUGUGGGAUUAGGAUCGGCAAAGAGACACAUAAGGACAACAGUUGUUGCAAUAUUAUCAACUUUGACUGUAGUUUCAUUAUGCGCAUUGAUUAUCAUCUUCGUACGGAGAAAACUAAAAAGGUCACAGCAAAACAACGAGCUCGAAAAUCCAAAACCUCCCUCCAAGAGUUUUAGUAGUUUCAGAACCUUCAGCUUGCAAUAUCCAUUUUCGAGGGAGAAGUCGGAAGCUCAAAAGAAAUCAUUUAGAACGGAAGUUUCAGGAUUUGAGUCAGAAAGAACAGUGAUUUUCACCGUAGAGGAGAUCGAAGAGGCCACGGCUAACUUUGAUGAAUCUCGCAAGAUCGGAGAGGGUGGAUAUGGAACUGUUUACUAUGGAGUAUUGGGUGAACAGGAGGUUGCAAUUAAGAAAAUGAAAUCUAAUAAAUCCAAAGAGUUCUUCGCAGAAUUAAAAGUCUUGUGCAGGAUCCAUCAUAUUAAUGUCGUCGAGCUUUUGGGGUAUGCUAGUGGGGAUGACCAUCUAUAUUUGGUUUAUGAGUUUGUUCAAAAUGGAUCGCUGAGCGAUCAUCUYCAUGAUCCACUAAAAAAAGGGUACCAACCUCUCUCGUGGACUUCAAGAACACAGAUCGCCCUAGAUGCAGCGAAGGGUAUUGAGUAUAUUCAUGACCAUACUAAAGCACGAUAUGUUCAUCGUGACAUCAAGACAAGUAAUAUCCUUCUUGAUGAAAGCCUUGGAGCAAAGGUUGCAGAUUUUGGACUGGUCAAGUUAGUGGGACGAACCAACGAAGAUGAACUGGUAGCAACCCGACUUGUCGGAACACCGGGCUAUCUCCCUCCAGAAUCCGUGAAAGAGCUUCAAGUGACCCCCAAAACAGACGUAUUUGCAUUUGGAGUGGUUCUGGCAGAGCUCAUUACAGGAAGAAGAGCACUGGUACGAGACAACCAAGAGCCGAAGAGAACCAAAUCGUUAAUCACGCUGAUUUAUACGAUAUUCCAAGGGGAAGACUCUGAGGCUGCUCUGGAAGCUGUCGUGGAUGGAAAUCUGCAAGCCGGCUAUCCGAUGGACGAUGUUUACAAGAUGGGGGAGAUAGCAGCAUGGUGCUUGAACGAGAAUCCGGUGGGGAGACCGGAGAUGCGGGAGAUUGUUGCUUUGCUGUCGCAGCUCGUGACUUCGGCCGUCGAGUGGGAGGCUUCGCUGGGCGGGAGCAGCCAGGUUUUCAGCGGCCUCUUCAGUGGAAGAUGAUCAACCAUUAAUAACUAACUGAACCUCAC